CCUUCUCCUUUUCUUCCACACGCCAUCAGAGUCUAGGAGGUUACAGAAAGCUGGAUAGUUUGAGCCUUGUUGAAAAGGAGAAGUAUAGUGAGACAAACCCUAAGGUGAAGACGAGGUCCCAUCCCAUACAAUUUACUGCUUUCUUUGGAAAUUUUCAGUGUCCUGUAUAAAGAAUGAAGCCGUCUGUCCUUCCCAUUCCAGCAAUAGCCGUUGUUUUGUGUCUUGCGUGGAUUAUACCCAUUCAGUGCUGCAAUAAAGCUCUCUGCGCGAGUGACGUCAGCAAAUGCUUAAUACAGGAGCUCUGCCAGUGUCGUCCUACAGACGGAAACUGUUCAUGUUGUAAGGAAUGUAUGCUGUGUCUGGGUACACUCUGGGAUGAGUGCUGCGACUGUGUUGGCAUGUGCAAUCCAAGGAACUACAGUGACACCCCUCCAACCUCUAAGAGUACAGUGGAGGAACUGCAUGAGCCCAUUCCAUCCCUCUUCCGAGCACUAACUGAAGGAGAAAGUCUGAAUCAGCUCAACUGGAACAUUGUGUCAUUUCCGGUGAUAGAAGAACUCUCGCAUCACGAAAACCUUGUAUCCUUCCUUGACUCGGUAAAUCAGCAGCAACAUCACAAUGUGUCUGUUCCUCAAAACAGAGUCCAUGUGUCACACUCAAGUGAGAAAGAACACAUGUGCACAGUGGUAUACUUCGACGACUGCAUGUCUAUCCAUCAGUGCAAAGUUUCCUGUGAAUCUAUGGGCGCAUCGAAGUACCGGUGGUUUCACAACGCUUGUUGUGAGUGUGUUGGUCCAGAGUGCAUUGAUUAUGGCAGCAAGACGGUGAAAUGUAUGAACUGCAUGUUCUGAGAGCAUUGCCUCCAGGCUCUUUAGUGGGCAUAAAACUCUAUUCCUGCCACUCAGACAUAUGAUCUGUAUAGUACAAGAGUAGUACAAGGCGCUCUCUACUUAAACGGUCAAGAUGGUGAAGAAGAAUAUCUGCUACGUAGAAAGGAGCAUCCAAUUUUUUGGUAACGAUAUUAUAUUUUGUUGUUUUUUAUAUUCUAAGUUUAUGUAAAUUUUUAGACUGCUGUGUACCAUUUCAGAUUCACAGAAUGUAUUUUUAUAAACCAUGUAAAAUUAAAUUUUAUUAUAUAGUUUACAGUAUCAUUACCAUUUAAAAUGUCUUAACAUACCUAUGUUUCAUAGUAUCCAGAAUAUUAGGACUUUCCUGUCUCAAAUUGCAUUUGCUUUGGUUUGUUCUUUGCGUUGCAUUAUAAACUGUAAAGACAAAGCCAUUGUUUACCAAAAAAGUAUAUCGUAAUAUUUGUAUUUCUUUUGACCUUUUAGAUUUAGUUCCGGGAUUUUUUAAAAUGUUUUUAUAAAUUGUUGCACUUUUGGUCAAUACUUCAAAAAGUUCCAUAAAUCAAUUUAGCUUACUUUUUUGUAUUUUGUGCUUUGUUCUUUACAAAAAUAGGUCUUUUUUUUAAUUAAUAACAGCAUGGUGGUAUACAAUAGAUUUAAACAAAUUAGGCCUAGUUUCCAUAUUGAUUUUUUAUUGAGAAGAGUUUAUCUUCCCAUAUCUGCAUCAUCACCUAUAAAGUAUAGGUGUCCUGCAUUCCUUGAGGAAACUGAUCUAUGUUCUUUAGACUGAGAAGAAGUCUAUGUGAAGAAAAUAAUUAAUCUGUGUCUGUAUACA